AUGUUUAAUUUAGCAAACAAUAUUGGACAGAAUCCUAACCCAGAUAAAGGAUGUAUGGACUAUGUGAAAGAGUAUUGGGCUUCAGUCCCCUUCUACAAUAGAUUACUUCUUGUGGUUCUACCUACUAUCUAUGGAUUGUGUUGGUUAUACCCAUUGCAGAAAUACUCAAUGAAUAUGAUAUCCUUGACAGUGUAUCGUAAAGAAUUCUGGAGGAUAUUCAUCGCCCCAUAUGUGCAUUUCAGACUCCUCACUCUCUUCUUCGUUUUGAUAUCGUAUAUCCCGACCGGCUGCAUUAGGGAGAAGGCGAUUGGAACUGUGAAGAUAAUCUUAAAUUUCAUGAUCAUGAACAUGAUAAUUCAGAUACUGUUUCUUGGAAUUUCGUAUGUUAUUCUGAACUUUAUUAAACCGAAUGUUUUCUUUAUAUCCGUAGGAAUAUGGCCAGUUAUCAUUGCAGAGAUCGUUAUCGAUUACAAUAGAAUGCCAGACCAUGAAAGACGCUUCUGCUGUUGCCCAUUUGCGUUAAAAUCUAAAUAUCACCCUUGGAUAUAUGUGAUACUCUUCAGUAUAAUGAACCCGGUUGGAGCUCCAGCAAUGAUCUCAGGUUUCAUAGUUGGAUAUUUAUAUGUCUUCAAGAUCCUUACUUGACUAGAUAUCAGCAAUGAAACAGCUAGAUGUCUAGAAAAUAGUUUCUUAUUCUCAUUUUUUGCCUCAAACUUUGAUUGCUUUGUUAAACUUCAAAAUGCAGAAGAAGCCUAUAUUUAUGGUGAAGAUGGAAGAGGAAGAGGAAAUGGUAUGCCAAAUUACAUCCGCCAGCAAAAUGAUAAUGGAAGAGGCUCAGAUGUGCAGACACCUUCAGGCAAUACACAAAGCAAUACUCACAAAAGGGGAUUCCCUGGACAGGGGGUUCGACUUGGUGGUGAAGAAGUAGUUUAA